CAAUUCCUCAACAUCAUCGCGUAUGCGGUAACUAUGUUUACACUGCCGACUAGUAUUGAAAAUACGGACCGUACGUCCAAAGAGAACUACGAAGUGCUGAUGCUAUUGUUGCCCCCGUUGAUGUUCGUGGGGCCAAUUUGCCACUUGUGCUUUGCGUAUCUCCUGAUCAUCGGGGGGAGGAAGUCGGGACAGAUUUUGACCCCGGUAGGAAAUCUCCUAGAGCGUGGUGAGCUUGUAUUAACCAAAGCCUAGAAACCGCGCAAGAUGGUGGUCUUGAGUUACCUCGUUGUCUUUCGUACGGCCAGUUUACUUUUCGCGAUGGCUUGGGCGUUUCUGGGUACCUGUGGUUUUAUAUUUUUCCUGGGCGUGAAUCCGGUGGACUACUGGAUGAUUAUUGCGGGGUCUAGGGACAUGCAGGCGCUGGCCUUGAGGGGUGUGGUGGCUUUCAUUCUGUGGUCUGGCUUCGCCUUGGGUUACUUACUUUCAACGCAAUUAUGAUGACCAUUGGUCGUGCUUCACAUAAACUCUUGAAUCAUUUUUAUACAUGUCUUUUUUGCACGCGUUGAUACAGGCUUUUGCAUCGACUCCAGAGAAAUACAAUGUGAACAUCUACAAAUG